GUUCGUCCGUGAGGUCCGUCCGUCCUGGGUAUCAUCGUGUCCAAUGAUAUCCAGCGAUGUAGGAGCGUGCGCCUUGAACAACUUGCUUGUUGACAAGAUAAUCCGCGUGCGUUUCAUAGUGUCUUUAUUAUGUAUGUGCAUAUAUGAACAAAUGUAAAAUGAUUACGUUUUGAGUUUCCCGUCAGUUUGUGAUCAGACGUGAGUGUUGGCGCCCACCCGCGGCCCACAGAGCACGCGUGGACCAGGCGCGCUUGUCGAUCGUCUUCUAAAAUUAUACGGCUGCAAGCGUCGUCAUAAGUAACCUAUAGGUCCACGCUAACAGGAAUGCGCGCAUAGACAUCGGCUAGUCAAACAAGCCACUCUGGAUCGCACCCGGCCCGAAAGUACCCAUUACGCUAGCAGCAUUGCCACGCUGUAUGGCAACGGACAAUCUCUGGACCAGUUGGUAAAGCAUGGCUACCUGGCGGCUAGUGACGCUGGCGGUCGUGUGCGGAGUGGCUGCAGCAGGCGGACACGUUGACAGACUUGCUACAGAUGAGCAGUACGCACAGUUCCCGACACUGUUCCAACUGGACGAUUAUCAUAAGUGUCUGGGGAGGCCUGAGGGUCUGUACUGCGUCGGAACUUUCAACAUCAGGCCGCUGCGAAGACCAGACCCUCUCUUUGAUAUGCUCAAGGAUUUCUCCAAAGACACAAGAAAUUUCAACCGAACUCGUCUCCACCGCGGGUAUUGUGUCAACACGCGGUGUGGUGCUCUACCAGAGACCAACACUACGUUGCGCUUCGAGCGAUGCGUGGCGCAGUGGGGCAGGAAGCGCGGCAUGCAGCUGUCGCUCCAGCAGCUGCAGUAUUGCCGGACGCACGUGCAGGAGAAGGCAGCAAGGUCCGGGCCCCUGCCGCUGGAGACUUCGCACCGGGUGUUCCUGGCAGUGAUCGCUGCGAUCGUCUUUAUGAAUUUCAUUGGAACUGUAUACGAUAUGUCCACUAAAGAUGACGAUAAAAAAAGCAAGCUCCUCUCCUCGUGGUCGAUCAGAUCGAACUGGCAGUACAUAGUCGGGCCCUACCCGGACGGUGACCCGCGCCUGGCAGUCCUGCUUCCUGUACAAGCGUUUAGGACAAUAAUGCUACUUCUAGUGAUAAUGCUCCACGUUUGUAUGAUCCACGUCGCUCUGUACAUACAGAACCCAGAGUUUAUUGAGCGGACGUACCACAAGACAGAAGUAACAAUCCUUCGGAACGGAUCCUCGUCGGUACAGAUGUUCUUUCUACUGUCUUCGUUCCUAAUGGCGCAGGGGAUCCUACACUCGAAGGAGGAACCAAGCCUUCGGCUGUUCUUCAAGUUGUUGCUUAAGAGGAUAGUGAGGAUAAGCCCAGUGUAUCUGCUAGUGAUCGGGUUCGCGAGUACUUGGUGGCCGCUGAUGCGCGGAGGACCGCUGUGGCCGGUCGUGGUCGAGGCAGAGAGUGCGGUCUGCCGGCGCAAGUUCUGGGCGCACGCCUUCUUCUACAACAACUUCUUUGACGACAGUAAAUACUGUCAAACACAGACUUGGUUCUUGGCAGUGGACAUGCAGCUGCACGCGCUGGGGCUGGCGGUGGUGAUGUGCACGCGGGGCGCGGGGUGGGGCGCGAGGCGGGGCGUGCUGUGGCUGCUCGGCACCAUGUUCCUCGCCUCCUGUCUCCUCAACACCUGGAUGGCCUACGUCUCCGAGUGGCAGCCGCUCAUGUUCGUCUCGGUACCUGAGAACGUGAGAACAAUGUUCAGCGGAGAGCCCACCUUCAGCGAGUACUACACGAAGCCGUGGGGCAGCCUGCCCGCCAGCCUGCUCGGGCUCCUCGUGGCGCAUCUACACCACCACCUCUACCAGCGAGGUUUCAAACCAGAAGAACACAAGGGACUGAUCGUGGCCUGCCAGUCGAUGGUUCCUGUGAUCCCGGCGUGGGUGCUGUGCGGGAACCUGGUGCGCAGCGUCAGGUCGCGCGGGUUCAUAGCGCUGUACAUGGGGCUCGAGGCGCCUGUGCUGUGCGUGAUGGCGGCGCUCCUUCUCUUCGGCGCCUACAAUGGAUCCACCAAAACUGAUAUUGAUAAAACCGCACAGCGCAUCGCAACAAAAGGGUACCUGCAGCACGUGUUCUGCUGGCGCGGCUGGUUCGCGCUGGGGAGGCUGUCCCUCUCCGCGCUGAUGCUGCACUGGUGCGUGUACACACUGUUCGCGGCCUCCGUCAACACGCCGGUCACGUCCUCUGUGCUGCACAUCGCGCGGGACACCCUGGCGACGGCGUGGCUCACGUACGGGGCGGCCCUCCCCCUCACGCUGCUGGUGGAGGCGCCCGCGCUGCGACUCUACUCCGCCCUCGUCCACUGAACGCUCCGAAGAUGUAACCACCGCCCGGCUACUUGUAUUCUCAACUGAUUAUGUUUUUUGGAGGUUUUUUUUGUUUGGAGGCAAAAAAUGAUGACAUUACUUUUUUUCCUUAGAUUAAGAAAAUUAGUUUCAUAGGUUCAAUGUGUGUCUCUUAAUAUAUUUCACAUUAAAUGAUCACAUUAAAUAAAAUUCGUGAUCAUUUAUUGCUAUUGUUUGAAAUACAAAUGA